CUGACGCUCCUGCCUUUGAAAUGGCGUUGAUGUAGUUCAAUACGCCGUUAUUUGUAGUUAUCGUGCUCGUUUUGGUCGCUCCAGAUUUGAGUUUUCUGGUCCAGUUUAAAUGUCUGGACCUGGACUCUGUAUUUGUGCAUUACGGAGUAAAUAAAAAAAAAUGUGGUAAAGCCAAUUGUUUAUAAUUUACGUUGCAUAAUAAGGCCGCAGCUACCCCCGAGCUCGCAUAGGGAUUACAACGGCUUUCGAAUGCUUGGCCUGCCGCAGCUAGAUUUCGGUUUCCAAGAAAAUCACAGUGGGCAUGUGUAUCAGUAACAGGAAUCUGGAAGUGAAGUUACAGACAAGAGUAACAUCACCCUUAUAUUAAAAACAAAUAUAUAUAUAUAUACAUAUAUAUUUUAAUAUUUCCUCCAACCUGAAUGAGAUUUUGACAUCGUAACAUUAUUAAAAGUUGAAAGCUGAUUCCUACACACAAUCAAUAUGUCAUCGGUGCCAUUGUAUUGCUUGUGUCGCCUGCCAUAUGAUGUGACUCGCUUUAUGAUCGAGUGUGAUAUUUGUCAAGACUGGUUCCAUGGGAGCUGUGUUGGAGUAGAGGAGGACAAAGCAGCUGAGAUUGAUCUGUAUCACUGCCCCAACUGUCAGGUCACCCAUGGGCCAUCAGUCAUGCGCAAACGGCGUGGAGGCAAUAAGCAGACAGACGCUGGUGCUGCUGGAGCAAGAGAUCCAAGUCGGCCAGUUAAGACAGGCAGCCCACAGUUUGUUAGGGAGUUACGGAGCCGCACCUUCCCUGGUGCGGAUGAAGUUUUGCUAAAGCCGUCUGGAGCCCAGCUGACAGUUGAGUUUCUGGAAGAGCAUUCAUUCAGUGUUCCUGUCAUGGUGCUGAGGCGGGAUGGCCUAGGCAUGACCCUUCCUCCGGCAUCAUUCGGCGUCAGCGAUGUAGAGCAGUACAUUGGUUCAGACAAACAGAUUGAUGUGAUCGAUGUUUCUCGACAAUGUGACCUGAAAAUGCGGUUGGGGGACUUUGUUGAAUACUACAACAGCCCUAAUAGAGACAGAGUACUCAAUGUCAUCAGUCUGGAGUUCUCUGAGACCAGGCUCUCAAACUUGGUGGAGACUCCAAAGAUUGUGAGAAAACUUUCAUGGGUGGAAAACCUCUGGCCUGAAGAGUCUGUGUUUGAACGCCCCAAUGUGCAGAAGUACUGCCUAAUGGGAGUGAAGGACAGCUACACAGACUUCCACAUUGACUUUGGAGGCACCUCAGUAUGGUACCAUGUCCUGAGGGGCGAGAAAAUCUUCUACUUAAUUUCCCCCACCACAGCCAACUUGGCACUUUUUGAGCGGUGGAGUUCCUCGUCUAACCAGAAUGAGAUGUUCUUUGGAGACCAAGUUGAUAUGUGUUACAGGUGCUCUGUCAAACAAGGAAACACCUUGUUCAUACCAACAGGGUGGAUUCAUGCUGUGCUGACUCCAGUGGACUGCCUGGCCUUUGGAGGAAACUUCUUGCAUAGUCUCAACAUUGACAUGCAGCUGCGGGCAUAUGAAAUAGAGAAGAGAUUAAGCACAGCAGACUUGUUCAGAUUUCCCAACUUUGAGACGGUGUGCUGGUAUGUUGGAAAGCAUCUUCUCGAUACCUUCAGAGGUUUAAGAGAAAACCGCAGACAUCCUGCCACUUACCUAGUUCACGGAGCUAAGGCCUUGAACAAUGCCUUCCGCGGCUGGACCCGUAAAGAAGCUUUAGCCGAUCAUGAAGUGGAGAUUCCAGAAACCAUCAAUACUCAGACACUAGUAAAGGACCUGGCCAAGGAGAUUCGUCUGGUUGAGGACAUCUUUCAGCAAAACAUUGGACGCACUGGACCUCAGUUUCCUGGUUCACCACUCUCCAAAGCUCCUCUGACCACCUCUCAGAAUUCAGGACGCCCCCCUGGGAAAAAAAAAGGACCCAAGCCCAAGGAGGUGAUGGGGGGUCUUGGGCCCCCAGGAACCAAGAAGAAGAGUCAGAAGGGGCUACUUAAGGCAGAAGCAGGAGAACUUGACCUCAUUGAGAUCCACACCAAACACACACUCAAAAAAUUUCAACCGGGCAAGUCCAAAAACAAGAACAAGCUGGAUUUGCCUUUAGAGGAGUUUGAAGGGAAGCUAAAUAAAAGCAAACUGAAACUUGUGCUGACCAAUGGAAAAAUCCAGGGUAAGAAGGAUGGCAGCAGAAAUGGGGCGGGAAGGGCAGGAAAGUACAAACAUCUUGCAAUGGAGGGAUCCAGUAUGUCAGAAUUGGAGUCUGAGGAUGAGCUGCAGAUAGACGAAACUCCUCCUCCACGACGCAAGCCGGCAGGACCAAGCAAGAAAAAGAAACUAAGCGGUCUUCCUAGGAAGUUGCCCAGAGCCAAACCCUGCUCUGACCCCAAUCGCAUCAGGGAGCCAGGAGAGGUAGACUUUGACAUUGAGGAGGAUUACACCACAGAUGAAGAGGCACUAGCCGUCCACGGGGUGAAGGGUGGCGCGGGGGGCAUUCUGGAUUUAUUGAAGGCCAGCAAGCAAGUGGCAGGUUUGGACUCUGCAACACUCAGUGAGGAAGCCCCAGCCUCUCCCAGUACUCGUGAUGCCAUACAGGGUAUGCUGUCCAUGGCCAACCCCCCUUCCUCGUCUUCAUCUUCUUCCUCUUCGUCUCCCCUAUCCAUUUCUGGAGGCCUGACAGAGGGAUUAGGAGUGGUCAAAGACAAGGGUGGCAAGGCUGUCUGGGUGACUGGAGUGGUCAAAAAGACAAAAACUCCUGAGAAGAAACCUGUCAUCCAGCGGCCUGGGAAACGGCCAAUUAAACGGCCCGCCCGUCACCUUAGUGACGAGGACAGUCCAGAUGAGCAAGAGACUCUGGGAACCUGUUUUAAAGAUUCAGACUAUGUUUACCCCUCCUUGGAGUCUGAUGAGGAGGACCAUGCUAACAAGGCGAAGAUGAAGCGGAAGAAAAACUGGGAUGACACACCUUGGAGCCCAAAAGCCAGGGUGAUGCCCACCCUUCCCAAACAGGAUCGACCAGCCAGGGAAGGAGCUAGAGUCGCAUCUGUAGAAACUGGUCUUGCAGCAGCUGCUGCCAAGCUGGCACAACAAGCUCUGAACCAGGAACAGCAAAAACCUGCUAAAAGAAAGUACACCAAAAAGCAGCGUCCUCCGGCUCCUGUAGCCCCUCCUCCCCCUGUUCAGCCUGAGCCAGCCCCACCCUCACCACCACCUGCUACAGAGUCUGCAGCAGACGUCAGCCCAGACAGGAGGAUGGAUUACUACUCUGCUAGUCUGUUGGACCAUGAAUACACAGCAGGGCCAGGUCCUUUUGGCCCUGGAGGCCCUCGAGGCAGCGGCGCCAUGGCCCCUGGUGUAUUCCUCACUUCACGCCGACCUUCACUUUCACCGCAGAACAGCAGCUCUCACUCUGGGGCAUCCCCUGCAAGUUUAGCCAGCCAAGGCACAACAGGAGUUGGUCAAGGGAAACGUCCAAAGAAAGGACUUGCAACUGCAAAACAGAGACUUGGAAAAAUUCUGAAAAUUCACCGCAACGGAAAACUUCUCUUGUGAGAGAUUUUGGAAAUGUGGCUGAAGACUUUAAAGUGGGAAUGAAGAAAACAGCUUUUAUGAAAGUAGGUCUGAAGGAAAUAAAAAUAGUGAUCUAUAUUUUGUACUCUAGAUGAAUUUGUUUCCUGUUCUCACCGGUUAUUGAACCUCACUAUAUGUUGUCCUACACCAUUUACUCUGACCAGCUAAUUGCACCCUGUUUUGGCACUCAAUUUAUCCAUGUCUGCAUAAAGGUAGUUUCAGAAGCACAUCUGUGACUUUAAACAAAUUGGAAAUAACUCUUAAUGACCACAUACCAUUUGACGUUGGCAAUGGCCCAUUCUGACAGGUGGACAUUGAUUUAGCUAGUUAGAUUAACUAGUGUAAUAAAUUGACAAACCCAAAUGGUUUAUUUUAUUUAGGCUAUUUUUCAUGUCUCUACUUAUGCAAUUAUAUUCUACUGUCCAUCACACAUUUUAAAAAGGGAAAGAAAAACACAUUUUUAGUCUUGUAGUCUUAUGUUUUAUGUCUUUUUACCUCCACAAAACACAUUCUUGUGUGGUAGGAUGAUUACAGGAUACCAAUCUUUACACACAAUAAACAGUUUUGCAAAAGUUCAGUAUAUGCACAUGGUUAGCACCCAGAAUGCUGAUGUUUAUAUAACUCAUUUUCCUCCAUAUACUGUAGCUCUACACAUGAAUACAAAGCGCCCAACUGAUGCCAAGAGUAAAUUCAUCCAGUUUUAUUUAUUUUGAUCUUAUUUAUUUAACAAAGCAGCAUUUUGCCAUCUCUCAGCCUGUUUUAACAUGGUAUGUUUUUACCACCUCAUCUGCUUGAUCCCUACUUUAAUUAUUUUCACUACUUUCACUACUUAAUACCUGUACACAAUUGUAUUCCUUGUUUUGUUAGUUUUUUUUUACAGUUUGUGUUCUCAUUGUAAAUAUUUGUAAUAUUUGUAAUUUAUAUAGCUACAUUGGAAGAGCAGAAAAAUAUUGUGAGAUAAAGAGACUAGUUUCCUUCAAGUUGCCAUAACUUGUGCCCCAAAGUUUGGCAGUAGUCUUUGGCCAGAUCUAGAGAUGUGCUUUCUUUCCACAGAAUGUACUAGUUAUAAAAUGUUGGCAGACGUGUAGAUUUAACUGUGUGAACACAUUGUGAAACUACAGGACGUGAAUUGAUAUGUAAAUAUGUGUUGUAAUUUAAGUUCUUUUAUAGUUCAAAAACUUUGAAAUCUUUCUUAACAUAACUUGUACAUGACACAUUGCUGUAUUUGGAAAAUAUCUGAAAUAGUUCAUUUUUUAUAUUUGUACGCAGUAAUUGUCAUGCUUAGUUUUUCAUGUUGUCUUGUCAGUGUAAUAGUGUAAAUGUUCUGGAAAAAAAUGCCCUUGUUUAAUUUCAUCCAUUUAGUUUUAUAUUAAUUAUUGUUGAUAUUCACUCUUGUGUUGGUGUGUACUGAUGUGUUUAAAUACGACCUGGAACAGAUAAAAUAUACCUUGGGCAAAAUUUCUUUUUUCACUGAAUUUGUUCUCCCACCACUAAUCCCCUAAAGUGUGAUUUGUGGGCCAAAUGAAUGGUUUUCUGUUUACAAUGCCUCAAUUUACUGGAGAACUCCAUUUGCAUUGCUGUCACUAAAGUGGGAUUUAGGUAAUUAUUGGAAUAUAUUGGAAAUUCAUCAUUAAGACACAAGUAAUAUGUUUUAUUAAACACAUCAAUACUUAAUAAAUGUUUUCAAAUUAAAGUACACCUUUAUGUUAAUAAACCACUUUAGAUAGUACUAUU